GAGAGUGGGUUAUUGAAAGCGGUGCUAUGGUACAGGGGGUUGUCAUGCGUUUGUUGAGAUGAUUUGGGAUUAGGAAUUAUACAGUAUGGUUCAUUCUCUCAGGGUUUUGUUAGUUCUGCUGUUAAUUCAGCAACAGUCUUCAUUUGAGAGCACGAAUGGCUCCAGUGUAGAUGAUGGUGAAUGGGGAAUGGAUUUCAGUAUUGGGGAUGAAGGCGAAUGCAACAUUGAGAUCAGAGAUGUGAACUCCAUAACCUACACUGAGUUUAUUAAAGUGUAUGCCUUCACAAAACCAGUGAUACUCCGAGGACUCACAGAUAAUAGCAAUUUCCGUUUCCUGUGUUCCAAAUCCAAUCUUUUGAAGGAGUACGGAGAGAAAACUGUCCGUCUCAGCACAGCAAAUACACACUCUUAUAAUAAAGUGGAUGUGCAGUUUGAAGAAUUUGUGAAGUUUCUGUUGACCCCUCAGUCUGAAGAUGCUCUUGGCAGCGAUACACUGUAUUUCUUUGGGGACAAUAACUUCACAGAGUGGCAUUCUUUGUUUGAAGAAUACAAAGCUCCACCUUACAGACUACCACACAUGAGCCCUGCGUAUAGCUUUGGGAUUGCUGGACCAGGUACCGGCGUCCCGUUUCAUUGGCACGGUCCCGGCUACUCUGAAGUUAUAUAUGGAAGGAAGCGUUGGUUCCUGUACCCCCCUGACCAGACACCAGAGUUCCAACCUAACCACACCACUUUAUCAUGGGUCUCUCUUUCAUAUCCGAAUCUGGAGCUCCAUCAGAUGCCAGUGGAGUGCACUAUACGACCCGGGGAGGUGCUGUAUUUUCCAGAUCGCUGGUGGCAUGCAACACUAAACCUGGACACCAGCGUCUUUAUUUCAACUUUCCUGGGUUGAAGUGAUGACACACACCAUCAGUUUUUACUUGAAGGACCAAGCAGAACAUUCCUCAGCCUUACGGACCAAUACAAAGCUUGAUAUUUUUAUUUACAUUAAUGAACACUUUUAAUAAGAACAUGGGAUUCUUAUUUGUAAUUUUAAUAAAUAAACUUGUGUUUUUAAAAUAUGAAA